AAGAUGGCAAUACUAUCACAACACAAAACAUUAAAAAAUCUAACCUAAAAAUGAUUCAUGUCAAUUCUAACCGUUUCGUUCAAAUUUGGUAGCAAAAAUUUUAGAUAUAUUAGUUUGUCACAUAACGUUUCUAAUAAAAUGAGUGAUUCGUCUCGGCGGAGACCUUCGAAAUUUAACCGUGGCAGCGGAAGACAUCCCGGACACUUGAAAGGAAAAGAAAUUGGGUUGUUUUACGCUAACAAAAGAAGAAACGAAAAAUCCGUUGUUGGUACAAUUUUGUUAUCAGAAGAUCGAAAACGACAAAUAUCGUUGUUAUUAAAAACAUACAACUCAUCGAAUGAUGCAAAAGAAGAUUUAAAAAACAACAUCUUUCAAGAUAAAUACAUUAAAAACAUCUCCGGAUCUAUACUUGAUAAGUUAAGCAUUACUCAUUUGAGUUUAAAAUCGAAUAAUAACCUCAAUAAAAACUUUUACGAAGAAUUUAUGAGUAAAGAAACGAAUUCUAAGUAUCAAGCUGUGUUAAAGAAACGAGAAAGACUCCCAGCUUAUGAGAUGAAAGACGAAAUCGUUAAAAUAAUCGAAAAAAAUCAAGUUUGUGUAAUUAGUGGCGAGACAGGUUGUGGUAAAACCACCCAGGUUUCCCAAUUUAUUUUAGAUGAGUACAUAAAAGACUUAAAAGGAUCACUUUGUAAGAUAAUAUGUACACAACCAAGAAGGAUUAGCGCGAUUUCCGUCGCGCAUCGAGUAGCUGAAGAACGCGCGGAAAAUUUAGGAAAAAGUGUUGGGUAUCAAAUUCGAUUAGAGAAAAGGUUACCCAGAGAAACUUGUUCAAUUACAUUUUGCACAACAGGGGUUUUAUUAAAACAAAUGGAAAAUGAUCCUGGAUUAUCUGGAGUAUCUCAUUUAAUCUUAGAUGAAAUUCAUGAAAGAGAUACAAUGUCAGAUUUUUUAAUUUCACUCCUAAAACAGGUUAUUAUUAAGCGAAAAGAUCUCAGAGUCAUCUUAAUGAGCGCUACGUUAGAUUCGGAGAAAUUCUCGAAAUUUUAUAACAAUUGCCCAAUGAUUAGCAUCCCUGGGUUUACUUACCACGUUGAGGAAUACUACUUAGAAGAUGUUAUUGAGCGAACUAAAUUCGUUUUUGAAGAAGAUCGCUCGACAAGAAAUCAUCCAGGGAAGAGGCACUCAAAAAAAUAUAAAUUUAACUCCGAGUACUCAGGGAUGAUUGAGCCUUAUUUAAGACAAUUAGAAUUUGAGGGGAAAUACUCAAAACAAACUUGCGCGCAGUUAAGAAAUUGCAAUUCCGAAAAAAUUAAUAUCGAGUUAAUUUUGGCUUUGUUAAAAGAGAUUUGCGCGAAGGAAGUGGAUGAGAUGGGGGCGAUUUUAGUUUUUUUAACGGGUUUUACUGAAAUUUCAAGCUUGAAUAAGGCGAUGACCUCAUCAGGGUUCUUCCCCAGCAAUAAAUUUAUCAUUAUUCCUUUACACUCCCAAAUGCCGACAGUUGAUCAAAAAGCGAUAUUCGAUACACCCCCCAAAGGGGUGAGAAAAAUAAUUUUAUCCACGAAUAUCGCCGAGACUUCAAUCACAAUCGACGAUGUCGUUUUUGUUGUAGAUUGCGGCAAAAUUAAAUUAACCCGCUUUUAUUUAGAAACAAAUGUGCAAACUUUAUUACCAGAAUGGGUCACUUUGGCUAACGCGAAUCAAAGGAAAGGAAGAGCGGGGAGGGUCAAACCCGGAGUUUGUUUCCAUUUAUAUUCUAAAGCGCGCGAAAUGUUGCUCGAUUCGUAUCAAACCCCCGAAAUUUUAAGACGCCGAUUAGAAUCGGUUAUUUUACAAAUCAAAAUCCUCCAAUUAGGGGGGGCAAAAACAUUUUUAGGCUCACUAAUGGACCAACCCGACGAAAAAGCCAUCGAAGCAUCAAUCGAAUUUUUACAAAGAUUAAACGCCUUAGACGAAUCCGAGAAUUUAACCCCCCUCGGUUAUCAUUUAGCAACCCUCCCAGUUAACCCCCAAAUCGGAAAAAUGCUAGUUUUAGCAUCAAUUUUUAGCUGCUUAGAUCCGAUUUUAUCAGUCGCGGCAGCUUUGGAUUACAAAGACCCAUUUCAAUUACCUUUGGGGAAAGAGAAAGAAGCCGACGCGAAAAAAUUCGAUUUAGGGGGAUUCCUAAAAAGCGAUCACCUCCUCUUACACGAAACACUAAAAAGAUUCGAAUCCGAAUCGAACCCAUCUCGAUUUUGUUGGAGAUUUUUCUUAAGUUACCACAUUUUGAAACAACUACAAAACAUGAAGCUGCAAUUCAUGGAGUAUUUGUACGAAUUAAAUUUCGUCGGGGAUAAAAACCCGAAAAAUCCUACUUUAAAUUAUAACUCGAACAAUAUCAGUUUAAUUAAAGCGAUAAUUUGCGCUGGAUUAUACCCAAAUAUCGCCGUUCAUAAACAGAAAAAAUUCAAAUCAAUUUUUUAUACCCUCACCCAUCAAAAACUCGAAUUACACCCGAAAUCGAUUCUUUCUAAGGAGCGCUCGUUCGAUUCGCCUCUCCUCGUUUAUUAUCACCGAUUGAAAUCUUCGUCCGAUUUUAUUUAUGACGCAACGAUCGCCCAGCCAUUACCGUGCAUAUUCUUCGGAGAUCGAUUAUCGAAAUGCUUAGAAAACGGGGUUAACACGAUCGUUGUGGCGGAAAAAUUAAAAUUUAAAUGCUCCGAAACCACGAUGGAAAUUAUUUUGGAGUUGAGAAACUGUUUGAGUUUGUUCUUGGAAAGGAAAAUAUCAAAUCCGGGAUUCGUCGAUUGGAACAAGGAAAAUACCGAUAUAAAAAUGCUUGAAGCCAUCAUGGAAUUAAUAACGAGCGAAGAUAUCGGAGCGAUCGAUUUAGAAGCAUUCGAUGAUAUUUAAAAGUCUUUAAUAAAAAAAAAAUCUUUUAUGUA